GAUGUGUAUGUGCAUCUCGCUCACUCAUGUGUAGCACCGCAUUGUGUGAAGGUGUCAUUGCGCACGGCAGUAUUAAACUAGUAUCCAUCGAAACCCCACGUCUUCUUAUUUCUGCACCAUUUACCCACAAACAUAUCAUUGGCGACGAGGACGAUUUUACCCACAUACAAAAAUAAAAAAUGGCGAAGUCAUUUUUGGGUAAUUUAUCGACGUUUGAUUAUAAAUCCGGCGAGUGGUCUAUUUUCAAAGGGCGGUUGACCCAAUUUUUGAAGGUUAACGAAGUCAAGGAAGAGAAUAAAAGUGCAAUCUUGAUUACACAUUUAUCCGAUGACUCAUAUCGUUUGGUGCGUAAUUUGGCUUAUCCGGUCGAGUUGGAGGCGCUGGACUAUAAGAAGCUGGUGGAACUGCUUGAUACUCACUUCAAACAGAAGCAAUGUUCAUUUUCGGACAAGGCCAAAUUUUAUGGAGCUAAGAGGAGCUCAGGCGAGUCAUUGGGCGAUUGGGCUGCACGACUGCGAGGAUUGGCGAGCUACUGUAACUUCGGAUCCGCUUUGGACACAAACCUGACGGAUCGUUUUGUCCUGGGCUUAGGAGCGGGGCCCGAGCGUGAUAAGCUAUUUGAGCAGAAUGCUUCCACGUUGGAAUUUAACAAAGCGUUGGAGAUAGCUGAGCGAGCGGAAUGCGCUAGAGAAGCCAGGAAGGUGUUGUCCACAGAUGACACUGCCAUAAAAGAAGAACCGGUGAACAAAAUAUACAAGGGCGGUUCACGUCGCGGCGGCGGUGGCAGCGGCGCAGGCGGCGCUCGUGCGGGGACACGAGAUGCAAGUCGUGAGGCUGGCCGUUGUUCUAUAUGCGGUUUAAAAGGUCACGAUAAGGAUGUGUGUCGUUACAAAAAUUAUAAGUGUCAAAAAUGUGGAAAAGAAGGGCAUUUAAAGAAAGUGUGUAAUAAAAAAAAACAAACCAACCGUGUUCGCGUCAAUAAUAUCGGAAGCGAUGAUAGUGAUAGUGAAACAGACGGUAGCUGUAAGGAAUGCCAUAAUUUUAACAUAAGAUUUCAAAAUUAGUGUGGAGGAAUGAUGUGUAUGUGCAUCUCGCUCACUCAUGUGUAGCACCGCAUUGUGUGAAGGUGUCAUUACGCACGGCAGUAUUAAACUAGUAUCCAUCGAAA